ACAGCACAUCGCUAUGCAGUAAAUGAAACCAUCCAACAGCAGGUCACCUGCCGUCACUUACCACAUUAAAAUGUGUGACUGCGUGUUACUGCAUAUAAAAUAAUCUUAACAGUUUAACAAAUCAAACUGAGACGACAGGCUGCGUACUGAGUACUUGUUUUAAUUCUCGUGAUAAUACUUGAAAGCAGGAUUUGUGGUGGAGCAUUUUCACAGUGGGUGGUAGUAGUACUUUUACUUAAGUAAAUACUUCUUCCACUACUGCUGGAGAUGAAGAGGAGAUUUCGACAGGCUUCUAACUUAAAACGCAGUACUGAAAGUCAUUUCUGUCUUCGGCAGUGGAGGAAGUAAAUGCAGCAGUGCCACAGAAAUACUCCACCACCCAACAGGAUGAAAGUGUCCUCAGUGGAUUUGAAGCAUCACGGCUCGUUAUUAGGGCUGAUAAAGUCAUUGAUUAGUCAGUAAAACGAUCCUGAGCUGCUUGGGUACUUCUGCCUGUGUACUUCUGUGUACUGCUUCUUGUGUAUUACAGCCAGUCAUUUUUCCAGGUCCAGAGCCGCAGUCUUCAUCAGUGACUUAUUCAGCUUCAUCUCAUCAGUCAUCAGAAAUACCAGAGUGUAGUGAUCAGUGAUCAGUCCACCUGUCAGCGCCCUCUGCUGGACAAACUGUGUACUGUUUGUGUGUGUGUGUGGGUGUGUACCAGGAUAUCCUCAUCCGGUGUUGCUUCACCCGACAACCUGUUUGUCUCUGCACAGACGUUUUGUUCUGCUGUUUGCUUCGCGUUGCGUUCACUUUCACAUGUAUUUUCGGGAUCUUUUAUUCUGGAUUAACCUGCUGAUUAUUUUCUGUGUUAAGUGAGUGACUGAAGUGACACCUCCUUCUGUUCCCAGAUGAUGUGUGUUGAAUGUGUCUUCAGGUGAUGGACGCAGAGUGCGGCGAGCUGUUUCUCGGUGGCGGCGUGACGGCUGACAGCUUUCAGCUCGAUGCGCCGUUCUCCUGCUCCGACCUCGUCUUCAGUGGCUCAGAGAAGCCCCUUCAGGACUGGACGACGCUGAAUGACAGUGAACCGGAGGACGUCCUUCACGCCGUCGACCCAAACGAAGUGUUUCCUAGUGGUCCGCCAGCUGAUCCCUCGUCUGAGAGCGACAGCGGCAUCUCGGAGGAUCCCGCAGCUGAGGGUCCCGUCAACACGACGACCACCCAGCCGGCUCCGGCCGCCGUCUACCAGGUGGUUUACGACCUGAGUGGCCUGAGCGGCGUGAAGACUGAAGCUGGACAAGAGAACAUCAUCUCCAUAGAGCUCGAUGAAUGGAGCUCUCAGAUGUUGUUUUCAGACUCCUGCAUCGUCAGCGAGCUGCCCGUUCUCCCCGCUGCUCGCCUCGAUGGCGGUUUGGCCGCCCUCGGCGCUCAGAGCCCUGAUGGUGACCAGUUGUACCCAGAGCUCCAGCUGACCGAAGAGGAGCAGAAGCUGCUGAGCCAGGAAGGAGUUUCUCUGCCUAGCAGCCUUCCUCUCACCAAGGCUGAGGAAAGAAUCUUGAAGCGAGUUCGGAGGAAAAUCCGGAACAAGCAAUCGGCUCAGGACAGCCGCCGGAGGAGGAAGGAGUACAUCGACGGGCUGGAGAGCAGGGCAGCCGCCUGCUCAGCGCAGAACAAGGAGCUUCAGAGGACUGUGGAGCAGCUGGAGAAACGCAACAUGUCUCUGCUGGCUCAGCUGCGGCAGCUGCAGUCUCUGAUUAAACACACGGCCAGUAAAGGAGCCCAGACCAGCACCUGCUUACUGAUCAUCCUGGUCUCUCUGGGUCUGAUCAUCAUGCCGAGUUUCAGUCCGUUCAGUCCCAGCUCGUCUCCGGACGACGAUUACAGACCCACAGGAGUGAUUUCCAGAAACAUCCUCACCGAACCCUCCUCCUCCUCUCAGACGAUAGCUGACGAUGCUGACAGUCCGGCAGUCCGGUCCGAGUCCUCGUCUCCCCUGUCUGAGCUCAGCCAAUCAGGACCUCCGGAUGAUGAUGCCAUCCUCCAAGAACCAAUAACAAACCCUGAAAAUAUGGGCUUUGAAGGGACUGUCCAAGAGGGGAGCCAGUCGGGGAACAGCUCAGCUGUUGUCGUCGGGCAGACUGAGCCACUGGCGCUGGGGCUGAGCGCGGCGGCGGGGAAAGGAAGCCAUGACCCCUCUAAACCUGCACACGCUGACGAGAUGUAGACGGAUGGUUUGGCUAAUCGUGUGGGGACACAGGAGUGGCUGCUGACCCUGUGGCGUCUCAGUCGUGUGCUGAGCUGCAGAUGUGUGACCAGCGAUGGACGUUCUGCUGGCGGCUUCCUGCAAACACGUGACAGCUGAAACGAUCAUCUAAGACUCACGUAUUCUUCAUCCUGGCAUCUGCUUUGACUUUGUCGCGCUAACUUUGGACACUCGCCAACAUUUUAGCGAUUUGGGAAACUCAAGCUUUUCAAAUAAAUUUAAGUUUAACAGAAACAAUUUAAAAAAAUGUCUCCCUGACAUCAUUAGAAAGUAAACACAGCAGCCUGUCUGGAUUAGCUACUGGAGCUAAGUGUAUGUGGAGCAAAGUAUCAGCUGUUCGCAUCAAAACGUGCCUGAGAUGGAUCCAUAUCCACCGACUGCUGACCUGUAAUGAAGUCCCUUUGGCACUUUGACACUUCACAGUGUAAAAACACUAACAAGUUUGUUUUGCAUAUUUUUAAUUAAUUAAUUAAUGAUGUUAAUGGGCUGGCAGGUGGCAGCUAUGAUUUCCAUGGUGAUCAGGUUUUCCAGGUCCAGUUUGCUAACGCUGGAGUUACAACAGGACUUGCUGCUGACCUUCAUGGCCUUUUUCGCCCACAGUGUCACUGUGAUGUCACCAACUGCCCUCUGACCUCUCUUUAAUCUGUAACUGAGGGUAAAUCAGAUGCAAACUGUGUGAUUUUGUUAAUUUAGCUUUUAUUGUCUUCAGAGGAGCUUGUUUUGAUAGACAGGAGUUGGGGUGGGGGGCAGCUCUGAUGUUCUACUACAGUGAAACUUGAUUUUUGUUGUCCAUAAUGUCCAUAAGGUUAAUAUGAGUUUUCUUUGUCUGAAUUGUCCAAGUUCUUUUUUUCAAUUUUAAAGAAAAGUCACAAGUACUUCUGAAUGAGUUAUUGAGUGUUUGCUUCAUUUGGUGGGUUAUUUGUAUGAGACUCUUGCAGGUUUACUUUUCAUUAUUACUUUAUUAAAAGGGAACAAUCAAUGCA